AUGUUUACUUACUCGCAGAUCCGACUCAAUAUCCUGGCAGUGGCCUUCUUAUCGCUCUUUACCUGGGCCCAGAGCAACGCUGCUGCAUCUGGCGCGCUGAUUGUUAGACAGGGAAAGGCUGGAAAGGGAGAAUACGCCACUAUCGCGGACGCUGUGGAUGCUUUGAAAGGCCUCACCGGCCCAAAAACUAUCUUUGUCUACCCUGGUACUUAUUCCGAGCAGCUUAGGUUAAAAUAUGCCUAUGGGUUGACUUUGCAAGGCUACACCACCAAUCCCACAUCCGCGACCAGCAAUCAGGUGAAUGUUAAGGUGGCUAUCAGUGCAGCACAGGCCGGUAGCAAUUCUAAAAGCGCGACGAUUUGGGCUCAAAGUGCUGGUAUCCGUAUCUUAAACUUGAACAUCAUCAACUCCUUUGGAUCAGGAACCGAUACUCAGGCACUUGCUCUAGCAUCCACGGGGAGCAAACAAGUUUUCAAAUAUUGUACUUUCAGUAGCUUUCAGGAUACCGUUGAGCUUGAGGGGCUCUCUUAUUUCGAAGGCUGCCGCAUAGAAGGUGGUGUUGAUUUUAUAUUUGGUCCCGGGUCUGCUUGGUUUACAUCCAGCAUCGUGGCUGUCAAGGCUGCGUCCAAGCCGGUGAUCACUGCGCAAAGGGCCAGUCCAGGAGGGAAGACUUCGAUUGUAAUCGACAAGUCCCAAGUCAUAUCUGCUGGUGCCCGAGCAGGGUCGACCUAUUUGGGCAGGCCAUGGUCCGAAUACGCCAGCGUAGUAUUCCAAUUCUGCACCCUGAGUGACAUCAUCAUCCCGGCGGGCUGGUCAUCAUGGAACCCUCCAAGCGAUCCACGUACUGCCCACGUGAGAUUUCAAGAAUACAAGAACGUCGGCCCUGGUGCAAGCUCAAAGCGUCAAAUAGGUACUCAGAGGUCCCCUCAGGUAGAAAUUGCCGAGGUUUUAGGACCUGAUUACGCUACCUGGGCCAAUUGA